UGCACACCUAUCCUAUGUUUUGUGGUCAUGACAACGGAUAAACUCCAACCAACAAACAAGGAAAAACGCAAUGUUAAAUACCGAUAAAAAGAUCAGCAUUUACACACACCGGACAUUGGCCAAAUCCCGAGGGAGCCAUCACUGAAGAAAUCUAAUCUAACAACAGCAUUUACAAAUUUUAGUUACAAAUAUGAUAGUCUUCAAUCUUUGGUCUGCACUACAGUGGUAUUUGAGACCUUUCAUUAAAUGGUUCCUGAGAAAAACAACUCGCCUCUGCGAAUUGCAGAGAAUUUGCUACGGCGAGAAAGCCGGGGCCCCUAGGACAUGUGGAGUCGAAAAAUCUUUGAUGUUAUCCCGCACCCCCUGCGUAAAAGAGAUAGUUUCUUAUUUGGACUCAGUAGUGUACGGAAAACGAUUCGUUCCUGAAAAUUUUAGAGAAAUCCUCGAACCAUCAGUGUCUGUGAUAAUGCGAGUAAAAAAUAUUAAACCCACAAUACAUGGGUCCUUUAGUAUCACAUUUAGAAACUGCCUUGAACAAAUUUGGAGUUACAGAAGUUUAUUAAAUGAGGUUGAAGAACUUCGGCGAUCUCAAUUUGAUAACAACAAUCCAGAUCACGAAGAAAAAUUGCUUAGGUUGUGGACAUUAUUAGUUCCUGAAACCAAACUGGAGUCAAGAAUCUCAAAGCAGUGGCAACAUAUUGGAUUUCAGGGUGAUGAUCCAAAAAGUGACUUUCGUGGAAUGGGUGUUCUUGGACUGGAGAACCUUCUAUAUUUUGCAUCUGAAUAUCCACAAGCAUCAAGUCAUGUUUUGAGCCAUUCUCUCCACCCUAAAUAUGGUUACACUUUUGCUAUUGUAGGCAUAAAUCUAACCUCAAUGGCAUACUAUUUGUUACAAGACGGCUCAGCUAAAACCUACAUGUUUAAUGCGAAAAGACAUUUGCCGAAUAUAAAGUUGUUUCAUAGGUUUUACUGCUACCUCUUUUAUGAGUUUGAUAAAAUGUGGAUAGAGGCAAAACCUGAGAACAUCAUGGAGUUCUCCAUUAUUUUUAAGAAAUUUGAAAAUGCUAUUAGGACUGAGCUAGCAGAUCCAGCCACAGUAUUUAGAAUAAAUAUUGAAAUUGAUACAAUUUAGUGAGUCAUUUGAUUAUGUGUAAACUUUUAGUUAGUGAAAACAGGCACAAAAGUAAGCUUAUCUAUAACAAGUUUAUAUCUGGUAAUUGAAUCCUGUACUAAAAUAGUAAUGAAUGCUUAUAUAAUAAAGAACGAAUAUCUUAAUUUUUUACUAAUCACUUAGCACAUUGUAAUGCUGAUACACAAUUUUACAUUAUUUUAAUUUGAUAAUGAGUAAGACAGCUUGUAUCAAACUCGAAUAGUUAUAUAGAUGUUGAAAACCUCAAUAACAAAAUUUAUUUCUUAGUGUUAAAAUAAAUUAAAAACCAAUAGGAGCGACUUGGCACAUUUGAAUUCAUUACUGUCAUUUUAUUACGCCAGAUGGCGUAAUGUCGCCAUGCCUAUUGAAAAUUCUUUUUCUUUAAGCCCGUCACAGACGUAGCUAUAAUAUAUAUUAAUAUAUCGAAAUAUAUAUUAUAUUAUAGCAAACUACCACAGAUGGGAGCUAUACUAUAAUAUAUAUUUUGCCCUCACUCAGUCUGCGGUCGUUUUUGCAAGCGCACGGUUUUAAAGCUUAUUUUCUAGCACAGGGUGUUUUAAUUUUGAAAUAACGUUAUAAUCAAUCUUACCGAAAUGAAUUCGACAAGAGCACUACUUUUAGAUUUAAUUGAAAGUUCCUCAGAGGAUGAUUCCGAUGCUGAAUUUGAUAUGCAUGUUGCCUUGUCAGGAACGAAAAAUAGAACCAUCUGGGUAGAGUCGCAUAUAAAACAAAAGAAAACUUGUGGCGAAUUUAAUAUGUAUCGUGAUUUGUCAUCCAAUAAAUUUGCACAGUAUUUUAGGAGAGGAAGGGUGGGGGAGAAAUGCUCGUGCGCACUUGAGCUGGAGAUCGGGCAGGCGUUAAGUGAAAAGUUGAACAUCCCGUAUUAAAAAUAUAUACUAAUAUACUUAAAUAUAUCCCGUCACAGACGUAGGUAGCUUUAAUAUAUCGAGAUAAUAUAUUAAAAAAACUACCACAUACGGGAGCUGUACUAUAAUAUGUCAUGCUGGACCAGAGACUCUCGUGGUACUCCUACCUUGACCUGGUUGCGGAAAGACUACGAAAACUCAUGUGGAUCUUUAAAACUCUACGACAUAUAGCCACAAAAGACAUUUUAAAUCAAAUAUACGUUGCAGUUGCCCAAUCGGUUCAGAUUUACUGCAUAAGAGUGUGGGGAGGUGCACUUAAGUCUAAAUUUCUAGAGGUUGAACGAGCUCAAAGAGCCCUCAUAAAACUUAUGUAUUUUAAGAAAAGAGAUUUUUCAACAAAUUUACUUUAUUCUCUAUUGGGCCUACUUACUGUAAGAAAAUUGUAUAUACUUCAUUCUAUUUUAGGAAAGCACACAUCAAUUACGUAUGAUCCAAAUAUUAUUAAAAAAAAGAAGAAACGACAGAGUAGCUAAAAUCAGACGUAUAAAUACAAACUUUGCUCGAAACCAAAAUCCACAUCUUUCAUCUAUAAUCGCAUUAACAAGAUUCUUAGUAUCUACCCGCUAACCUACCGUGAAUGCAAAAACAAGCUGACAGUAUGCCGUAUGGCUAAAGACUUUGAACUUUGACAAAACAGAGAGUUUAUUAAUAAUUUACCACAUAAUAUCCGAUUUUUAUAAAGGUAUAUAAAUCUAUGUAUAAUAAAAAACAAUUUUAUUUUAUAAGUAUUAAGAAACUUACAAAAUACAGUAUAUAUAUAUGCCUUAUAUGCACAAACACACACACAUGCACAAACACUCCGCUUAAUUAGUUUAAAUUGUAUUUUCAUGUAAUUAAGAUGUGCUUUGAUUAGCGUGAGUUGCACAACUUGUUAUAACGUAAAUUUCCAUGUCAGGUCAUGGUAAAUUCUUAGUAAAAUUUUACUUUAACUAGCUCUGUGGUGUAACUCCCACUUUAUUGUAUUUAAUUCCUUGUUUUAAUCAUAAUAUAGUUAAUGACCUUACCAUAAUGUAACGUAUGCUAUGGAAGAGUGGUUCUUUUUGGUACAGGUGUCUUUGCACUUAAAAAAAAAGAGCCUACCUUUAUUUAUGUAACCAAAUGUAUGGUAAAGUAAUAAAUCAUUUUUAUUUUUUUUAUUAUAAUAUAUGUUUUGGCAGGCGUUCGGUGAAAAAUGGAACAUUCCGUAUCAUAAAAAUAUAUCAAAAUAUAUAUU